GCUUGAUCACACAUCGUGUCCGCUCUCGCAGGGACCAAGUUCGGGAUAGUCACACUGCAGGCCAAGCGUCGUAUCCUGCGAAUCCCGGCAAGCCCCCUCGGCCGGGUUUUGAAGGGCACCUUUGCCCUAUUUCCUCCUGGCCUUUCGACUUCCUCCUGAGACCAAUCUCACUCCUUUCGAUGACUGCCUGGAGGUCCGUCCCGCGAAUCUAAUACCGGUAGUCCUGCUAGGGCGUACCAAUACCAUUGCCCCGGGUCAACAUGCUGUCUCACAUGCCCACCGCACUGUGCCUACUGCUCUGCAGCGCCGCUAGCACCAUUGCAUCCAGCGUCAUCACCUUUUCCGACGCAGACUGCCAACAGUCCCAGACUCGCAUUGCAGGCGAGAAUGGCUACCCGGAUGGCUUCUGCACAAACAUCGCCGACAAGGCUGGCACCACCUACCAGAGUUUCAUGUUCACUGUCCUCGACGAUGGCUGCGUCCCCACAAUCUAUCUAAGUGACACUACCGAGGAUCAAUGCUCAGGCUUUCCCGAGGUGGGGUUUCUCUCGAGAUGCUACAAUACAUCAUGGAUCUACUACAGCAUCGACGGCUGCACUCCCCUCGGCUCAGGCGACACCUCAUCUGGAGCCUCCACGACGCUGCCAACAUCUUCAACGGCCGCGGCGUCUGACACGAGUUCGGCGCCAGCUGCCACCACCUCUCACCGCGUCUCGGAUGGUGCUAUUGCCGGGGCAGUCGUCGGCAGCGUCUGCGGGCUCGGCAUCAUAGCAGCCGUCUGCGUCUAUUUCUUCUGGUUCCGACCAAAGCAGCGCGAGAGGAAGAGGGAACUCAAGAGGGAGAUCGAGGAGUCCGGCAUGAGAGAUGCUGCCGGUGCCGGAUCUGCCGGUGCCGGGAGGAAGGAGGAGGAGGACGGCGAGGCGUACCUGAUCAACAUGCGUGAGUCGCAGCAGCAGUCACACGAGAUGCAGGCCAUGCCCGACGUGUUUGAGGCGCCGGGAGACAACCGCGCGAACGAGAUGGGCGUUGACGGGGAGGUGCCGGUGGAACUGCCUGGAGACCACCAGUACGACGGCCAGUACUACCAGAAGAAGCCCAGACCAUAAUUCGGAGACUCGCUACUUCAUAAUGGUUGGUCUGGCCGCUUGGGAGCAAGUUCAAUUGGGUGGAGCAUCAUAUGGACAAGCGCGGCGUUCCGGGGAACACUGUAGAUUUCACAACUGGCGAUCAUUGCUUUGACUAUUAUCCUUAGCUCACCGCACAAGUCGUUGAAUGGCAUGUGUGAGAUUGUGUUCAUGACAGAAUGCAACACAUCCCUCAACUAUCGCAUUGCGGCGUUGUCUACCUACUUAAGUAGGUAGUAUUUUCCCGUGGUCUGCUCGCGCAUUGAAGUAUCUCAAGCUGGGGUGUGCCCAGAAGGAUUAGACCGAUCGCAAUCGCUCUUGUCACCCGACUGUCCCCUAACAAUUUCCAGCGUCAGACAGACGACACGAAGCUUAAACACUGCUAGCAAGUCAAGUGUGUCGUCUCGAUUCUCGAAGACCAGAAAUUUCGGUCGCACGCCGAUUAUCCCGAGCAGCACAUGAGGCACUGCCGUCACAAAAGACGACCCCUCGAAGAUAAAGACAAGGCCAGGCCACUUGGACACAGCUGUAGUUGCGAGAAGCAUUCACAGACAGCUGAUACAGGAAGCUACGACAAGGUCUUGGGAGAGAAACUGAAAUUGUGUACGUCUUAAGGAGGGAAGCGGCGGUGAAGACGCCACUGGACUCACGCAUGAUGCGGACGCAUAGAAAGUCUCCAACAUUGAUAUCCCAAAAGCUACCCUAGGGUAAAUGAGAUUGACUUAACUUUUUCAACAACUUCUCACAAAUCAAGCAUAGGCUGGAGUAUUAUGUGAUCAUCAUAUUUGUUGCCAUUUCUCAGCGGAAUAACA